UACCGAAAACAGACCUCGCGCGCAGUGUGUCAAAAAACGCGAGACGUAUCAAGUUUGUUUGAGUUUGUUGUGGCGGUUUCUGGUAUUGUACCGACAUCGAUGGCCUUUUUAAUACUUUAAUUAUUUGUCGUUGGUCGAAAAUAAUUUUUAAAAUGGAGAGAGACAAGAGCACCAUGCUUGCUCUUCUGCAGCUGCUUCACAAAUACAACUUCAAAGAGACUGAAGAAUUGUUUCGAAAAGAAGCAAACCUCAAGGAUGUCACGGUCGAGGAUACUCCACAGAGCGAGUCCGAAGUUAACAGUGUUUUGUCAGCGUACAAAAGCGAAGGUGACCCAGCUCUGUAUGAGAAGUCGUACGGAGAGCUAAAAAAGUUUGUAGAGGGCUCCUUGGAUAUUUAUAAACACGAAUUGGGAACUAUUUUGUAUCCCGUAUUAGUGCACAUGUAUCUAGAACUUGUGUACAACAAUCAUUCCGAAGAAGCAAAACAGCUUAUUGAGAAGCACAGCGCCAGUUUAGAAGAAUAUUAUCAGAAUGAUUUGAAAAAGCUAGCACAUGUAACGAAACGAGAACACAUGGCAGGCAACGAGUUGACAGAUACUUUUAAGUCCAAUCAGUUUAUUAUCAGAAUGUCUCGUGAUACAUUAUCGAUACUCAAAAGAUAUUUGCAAGAAAAAAAGCAUUCCAUUCUUUUGAAUAUAAUACAAGAGCACCUCUAUUUUGAUAUGUACGAAGGUGUUGCUAGAAACAAAAGCCAAAUUGAAGCGACGUCUGGCGCUUUGGUAGGAGAAGCCACAAGACAAGAUAACAAGGCCAAAGUUUAUUAUGGACUCUUGAAAGAACCAGAUAUACAAAAUGUCAGUUCAGCUGCUAAUGAAGAAGAGGAAGAGGAUAGGGAUAAAGAUGGACAACCAAAGAAAAAGAAAACCAAAAAGGAUCCUCUGUUUUCAAAAAAGACCAAAUCGGAUCCUAAUGCACCACCUAUUGGAAGAAUGCCUUUACCAAAUUUAAAAGAUGUUGAUAAGCUUGAAAAAAUUAAAGCACUAAGAGAGGCGUCAAAAAGGGUUAUUUUAGGCUCUGAUAGUUUGCCAUCAAUAUGUUUUUAUACUUUGAUGAACUCUGUCAAUACUGUUAUAGCUGCUGAAGUUGCUGAAGAUUCCAGUUUGCUUGCAGUCGGCUUUAGCGAUUCGUCAAUCAAAGUUUUUAGUUUAGUUCCUCAAAAACUGAGGAUGAUGAAAGAUGGGGAACAGCUAGCAGAUGUAGACCGAGAAGCAGACGACGUCUUAGUAAGAAUGAUGGAUGAAAAAACAGCGGAAUCAGUAAGAACGUUGUAUGGUCAUAGCGGACCUGUUUACUGCCUCUCGUUCAGUCCAGAUAGAAAUUUAUUGCUUUCAUGCUCGGAAGACGGAACAGUGAGAUUGUGGUCACUACACACAUGGACUUGCGUUGUCUGCUACAAGGGCCACCUCUUUCCCGUUUGGUCGGUCAGAUUCUCUCCUCACGGCUACUACUUUGCUACCGGUUCUCACGAUAAAACAGCGCGGCUUUGGGCAACCGACUCCCACCAACCAUUGAGAAUAUUCGCCGGUCAUUAUUCAGAUGUCGACGUAGUUCAAUUCCAUCCGAACUCCAAUUACAUAGCAUCUGGAUCUAGUGAUAUGACCAUUCGACUAUGGGAUUGCGUAUCCGGCAACCAAGUGCGACUGAUGACUGGGCACAAAGCGCCAAUCUACGCGCUAGCCUUUUCUAUCGAAGGAAGAUUUUUAGCAUCUGCUGGCGCCGACAGUCGAGUUCUGAUAUGGGACCUUGCGCAUGGACAUUUGGUCGUGGCCCUGUCUAGUCACACAGCAAGUAUAUAUUGCCUCUCGUUCAGCAGGUGUGGAAAUCUUCUACUGUCAGGUUCUUUGGACUGCUCCAUAAAACUGUGGGACUUCACAAAGCUGGCAGAGGAAAUGAGUUUGGAGGAUGUGAACGUAUCUCACAAUCCCGACGUCAAGACAAACACAGAGGCCUACCUUUUAAGAAGUUUCGGCACGAAAAACUCGCCGAUUCUCGGACUACAUUUCACGAGACGAAACUUGGUGUUCGGCAUCGGAAGGUUCGAUGCAACGUAGUACUUACAAUAUUCUGUAUAUAUGUACUAUUUUAUAAGUAAAUUAUUAAGAAUAAAUCUUUUAUAUUUAAGACUUGAAA